CAGAUCGCUUGGUUCACAGCAGUAAGCGUUAAACCCAUAAGGAACUCGUUGGCCUUUCGGCAAAACCCUCUGGACUUCGCAGCCGGAACGAAGCCACGAGCUAACCCACAAGCAUUAACGUGGCGAGAUACCAGUUAGCUUACCUACCGGCGAUGAGGACCCGACAGCGCGCGAAAGCGGAGGCGGAGGCGUUCACGGAGGUAUGCUGGCUACCUGAGGAGCUCCAGUGCCGCCUUAUCGACUUCGUGCUGGAAGGCUACAAGACGCCUGUGCUGCGUAAUGGUCUCAUAGCCAACCCCGCGCGCGACCUGGUGUCCCUCAUGCUGGUGUGCCGCACCUGGCGCGACCGCGUGGGCGGCCACCCGCACACCGCCGCGCGCGAGGCCUCGGCCGUGAUGCUCAAGGUGGCAUGGCUCACAGACGCGGCGCUGCUGACGGGGCUGUCGCCGUGCGGGCAGUCCAAGCUCACGCGGCUCAACCGCAUCCCGCGCAGCGUGCGGCUGCUGCUGCACUGCGGCUGCACUGGGCGCUCAGGAAGCGGUGGAGCAGGAGCUGGGGGAUGGCAAGGAGUAGGGGAGGAAGGGGGCAGCGGUGCAGUUGGGCGAGCUGGAGGAGCGUAUGGCGGUGCUGCGGGCGCUGGUGGCGGUGGAGGCGGAGGCAGGGAGGUCUUGUUGGGCCCACGUGCGGAACCUGCAGCGCCGGGCCGCACCAGCACCGCUCGCCCUACAGCAGCCAGUGGCGGCGGCGGCGGCGAUGGCAGCGGCGGCGAUGGCGGCGGCACAGCGCACCUGGCUGUCUGUGCCUGCACUUGUGCCGGGCAGGGCAGCACGCGGUGGGUGGAGGCGCGUGUUCUGUCGCGGCAGAAGCAGCGCUCUGUGUUUGAGCGCUCGAGCUUUCCCGAGCGCGUGCCGAUUCUGGCGCUGGCGGCGGCUGACGUGGCGCCUGGGGAGCUGCGCGGCACGGUUAUGGAGGUGAUGGCCUCCCUGGACGGCAACUUCCUGUGCCCCUUCGUGGUCCGUCUCACCUUCCCCGGCAGCAGCAGCGGCAGUAGCGGCAGUAGCGAUGCUGGUGGCAGCAGCGGUGGUGGGGGCAGUAGCGGUGCCGGUGGCAGUGGCGGUGCUGGUGGCGGCAGUGGCAAUGGCGCCGGCAGGGAUGCACAGGCUGGCGGCAGCGGGGGCGCGGCUGGGAGCGCCGGCAUUCAGCCAAGCGCCGCAGACAACGCGGCUAUAGAGCUAUCCGGGUAUGAUAAUAGCGCGGUUGAGCAGCAGGGGCCUAGUCAGGCUACUGCAACCGCCGCGGCCGUCCUCGGGAGUGCCGAGAGCAGCACACAGGAAGAGGCGCGUACAGUGCCGCCUCAGGGCGCACCUUGCGAUGGGCGCACGCCAGGUAGCGCAGGUGCUGGCGGGGCGGACGGCGGCAGUGCAGGGAAUCGGCACGCAAGGGCGCCGGCAACCCUGGUACCGCUAUGCCGGCAGGAUGUGGAGGCGCUGGCAUGUGGGUCCGUUGCUGUUGGCGAGGACGGCCCGCAUCUAUACCUGGUGCCAACGGCUGCAGCGUUGAAGCGCACUUGGGGGUCGUAGUGCCGCGGCAAGUCUGUGUGUGUGUGGGGGGGGGAGAAUGUACUGCGCCGGCAGUGCAAGAAUGUCGACGCAGACCAUACGCUUGUUUACAUGCUUGGACAGGAUUGGUGAGAUGAUGAAAGGAUUUGCCAGCUUGUGACAUGCGUAACGCAGGUUGUGGAGGGCUUUUGGGGUAGGGUCGGGAGCGCGGAAGGGGCAGGCAGGGGUGGAGCACGGGGUGGAGCGCCACGUCGGGCGCCGACAGGCUUCGAUGUGACGACUUGCGUUCGGCUAUUAAUAUG